GUCGGCCUGCAGUCCUUGUUUUCAAACAGUCGUCGAGGUUGAACGGGUGCCUCGCGUACGUUCGACGCGAUUCUUGAUCGACGCGAUCUCUUUUUCUCCGAUGGAUCAUCGUUUUUUAAAAACAAUUGCGAAACUUGCGAAGGAUGGACGGGAAUGAGAAGAAAAUCUUCUUCAAGUCGAUCCCUUCGAGGAAUCUCGUUCGACGUGUUGUUAAAUGUUUGAAUGUCAAAAAUUGUGACCUUGAAAAAUUCAAAGGAAAUUAUUAAUCGAGUGCCGGAAAGUCGAAAGUAAAAAAAGAAAAAAGUAAAGAGUCUCGAUCAGCGAUAUAGUUUCUCGCGUAUAAUCUUGUGAAUUUCUUUUUUCUUUUCUUUUUGAUUUCUUUUUUAAAUAUAGUCAAGAAACAACCGUGGUCUAUAGAAGCUCGUGGUCUAUAGUUCGUAGAUCACACGAUCUCGUAAUACCAACGAACGAUACUGGUUAAUGUUGAUGUAUCGAAAGUGACAAGCUCGAAGAUCGAUCUUUCGAUCUACGUGUUUUUUCGAAGCCUUUCAAUCAGGACGUUUAUUACGGCAGUUAAUAAGAACUACGAGGCUUUUAUUAAAAUGAUAAAAUCGCGAGCUCCGUAAAAUUGACGAUUUCCGAGUCGUUGUAUUCACGAAUGAAAUUAUCGCUAAGACUAAUCUCCAUUUUAUUGUGUGACCUUCGUUUCGUUAAUGAAGCACGAAUCAUAAAAACUAAGAACGAAUCGUCAUCAAGCAUGCGAAAUUAAGUCGAGGAAGAACGUCUAGUGUAUCCCCACUAUCUGUGAUAGUGUGAAUGGUUGAUCGCUUGAUCCAAGGUUAUCUACGACAUUCGAAGACUACACGAACGUGCAACGAAGCCAACUUACGAGUAUUCGCUAGACCGAUAUUCAUCCAGUUGAACGUAAUUAUCGUUUUCAUGAUCUAAACGAGGUGAAAUGACAUUUUGACAUUACUAAAGAAAAAAAAAAAAAAAGGAAGAAAAGAAAAAGAAAAAGAAAAACUUCCUACGAAGCUCUACAGCUCGAUCGUUCGAAAGUAUCUCUCGAUUUAUAUUGGACAAACAUUGUGAGUUUCCUUUCGAUCGAUAAAAGGCCAUCCUCGCAAAAUUGCAGUACCUUAUCUCUAUCUCUCUCUCUAUCUCUUCCUCCCUCCCUCUCUCUCCCUCUCUGCCUGUCUCUCUCUCUCUCUCUCUCUCUCCCUCUUUCUCUCUCUCUCUAUCUAUCUAUCUAUCUAUCUAUCUGUGUCUCUCUCUCUCUUACUCUUAUGCGGUAAUGGGAUUACGAGUACUUAAUUGUACGUCAUCCGGUGGAGUGCAUCUGUUUAUACCGACGCCUUGUUUAAUGAAGUUAACACGUGGUAAUUGCCUUAAGAGUAUCACUAUGAUACUGUGAUAGCAAAGACAAAAAAAAAAGAGAAAGGCGAAGAUAAAAGGAGAAAAGAAAAAGAAAAUAGAGGACAUAGAAGAAGAGUAAUGCGAGGGUCGAAAGUUCCACAAAUUUUUUUAGGACCCUUGCUUUUUAUCGGAUCUUAGAAUUCACCGGGUAGUUUCCUUUUAACGAUGAUUCAGAGCUUCCACGAGUUUCCACGAAAAUCACCCACGAAAGAUGGGUUGCUUCUACGAACAUGACGUAUAAAACUGAGAGAACGUAUAGCGAAUGAACGAGAUAGUAAGGGAAUACAAGAAAUAUAUAACAGAGAGAAAGAGAGAGAAAAAAGAAAGGGAGAGUCACAGUGAGAGAAAGAGAGAGAGAGAAAAAGAGAAUGAGAGAGAAGAAAGAUAAUACAACGUUAAAAGGUCUCUGGCCCUUCGUAAAACUUCUGUGUCGUAACAAAAUACUACCCGAUCGAUGUCGGAGAAAGUUUUAAUUCGUAUUCUUACUCGCAUUCGUUCUUCUUAAUCCACUUUCUCUAACUUCGUGAAUCAAUGAAAAAGAGAGGGAAAGAGAGAGAAAGACUAUCCUUCGAACAAUUAUCGUAAUCCACUGGUAACGAAUAUAUUCAUUCCACGGAUUUUAAUUUCUUUUUAAAAUACAAUCCAGAGAACAACAUCUUAAGAUUGUCAGUGUAAAUUACAAAAGUAUUUAAUUCACUAUGGGACGGAAACACAAGCGUCGUUUAAUACCAGAACAGGAUCGCAGGAUAUGCGGCAGCAUCUGCUUUUGCCAAUUCACCAUCGUCAUCAGUUGCGUGGCUUUGGUUUACCUCAGCGUUGCGAUUUAUAUGCCGUCGCACAGAGCUUUUCACGCAGGCAUAGAUCCCGAUCCGGUAAUGUGCCAAACGGUUAAUGCCACUUUAGUAAAUAACUGUAUAUGGGCGAGCUGCGGUGAAUGGUGUUUGACGAAAACUACCGGCUUUUGUCCCCAAAUUCACGCAACGGUCAGACAAAAUGGCACGGAUGUGAUCUUUGAAAAUUGCACCAAGUUCAACAGCAUCUCUUGUCCUAAUGUGAACACGGAAAAUCUGAAGAAAUACAAUUGCAAUAAUGGCAGCGAGUGCAGCACGCUCUCGGGUGUAUUCAAUUGCAGUUUAGGACAUUGCGCGAACAUGAGCGAAUUGAUGCUUUGUCAUCACAAAGCAGACGGUAUCGUUAUCGACAGUGAGAAGGACAAUAUGAAGCUUAAUGGCUUCUUCAGUUGCCAGAAUUCGAGAUGUACGAAAAUCAAGAGGCGAUUCUCGUGCGAUCGAUACUGCCCUAAGAUAAUCACCAACGAUAUCAACGUCUUUCUCAUGCAAGACGAUAACGUCAUCACGGCUAAGUGUUCUCGUGGCUUAGCACUGAACAAAGCUAAUGGAAAUUUGCCUGGUACGAGGCUGACCAAUCCCGUCAAGAUUUGGGAUGAAGAAAAUGGUAGCAUCAUUGCAAGUUGUCUAAUGGUUAGCAAAAAAGGAAACACCAUUAGAACGGAAGAUUGCGUUAACGGCACGUCUUUGAAUAAAAUCACGAUUCCCGAACACUACGUCAAUUUUACAAGUUUUCUCAAUAUUUACGAAGAAAGUCUUCAGUAUCCCGUCGAUCCAGAAAAUGUUUACGUGCCCGCCCAACGAUCGCUCACGAUUUACAACAAUUCACGUUUGUACAUCAACUUGGAGGGCUGCGUCAACACUCUUAAGGGUGAGUGUCGUGAUUUCCUCACAAGUCACGGACGAGAUGGCGACAAUCAAACGGCUCAAAGUAGAUAUCCCUGUUAUUACAAUAAGAACAAUUCUAUCUUCGUUGUGGCACGUUUUGAUCUGAACAAGACAAAAACCGAGUUGCUCAUCGCUAUCAUCGUACCGUCGGGACUUUUCGUUAUCAGCUUGACGACCUUGAUAGUGAUAACUCGCUCGGUGCAAGUUGGCGAUGACGCUAAGAUGCGAUGUAGAUACUGCACAGAGAAGAACGAGGACGAGGGCGAGGACGAAGGGUUGGUUGAAGGUACACCUACUACUACUCCUCAAGAUCAUACCAAUGAGAAUGAGAUCAGAAGUAUGUCACUCUAGCAGUUUACACCGCUCGGCAUGAGCAAUUCCUUGAAAUACGAAAGAUUGCCGUUGAUCGACACGGACGAUGCCGAGGAUUCUUUUUAAAAGGAAAACUAAAUCAAAUAGAAAGGAAUCAACGAAACAUCGAAAUACGUUUAUAAACGGAAGGAAAAUAAAACGAAGUAAAUGAAAGAAAAAGAUUCGAACUAAGAUUACGGAUCUUUUAACACACAUCGUCUUCCCGACGCGAUAAUUCGAAUGAAAUUGAAUAAAAAAGAAAAGAAAAGAAAAGAAAAGAAAAGAAAGGAAAGGAAAAGGAAAGAAAAGAAAAGAUGAAAAUAAAAAGAUAUUAAAUGCAUACACAAAUAUACCCAUAUAGGGGCCAAACUAUAAUAUAUUUAACUGUAUAUUUAUAUACUGUGCAUUUAUUAUGAGAAAUAUUUAUAAUAAUUAGAUCACUGUUGCCUUCGAUGUAUCGUGACCAUCGCGUGUCAAACGUAAACCGAUCUGACAUUUUCUAAACUAUUUAAAUGACACUCAUACUGCUCUAUCGUUCCUAUCGAUUAUUAUCGAUAUAUAAAAGGGAGGAUUAAAAUGAAAGAGUUAAAUUUACAUGAUCGGCUUUCGGUGACAAGCUUUCGGUGUAUGUACAAAAGUAGUUUUAGGGAAAGAUCUAUGUAUAUAUAAAUAUAUAUACAUACAUAUAUAUAUAUAUAUAUAUAUAUAUAUAUAUAUAUAAAGAGAAUGAAAGAGAUAAUAUAUUGUUAUGCGAAAUAAGGGAUGUUCUACGAAAAUUUUUUUCAAUGCUCUAGCGUCAACGAAAAACGUAAGUAUCACCCUUUUGAAAGGAGUUCUUAUUUUUCGAGAACUUUCUUUAGAAUAAGCGUAUUUUACCUCGUCUGUGUAUAAUAUAUAAUUUCGUAUGUCAGUUCGACAGCUAAAACUGCCUUUGCGUGAAAGAAGAAAAACAAAAACGAAAGGAAAAAUUUUUUUAAAUGAAAAAAAUAUAAAACAAUGAAUAAGAAAAAUAAAGAAAUCUUUAACAUGAUCGAACGAUUAAACAAAAAUGAUAUAAUUUUUUUCACAAACUGAUAUUCUUCUAUAUAUGUAUUACUUAUAUAUCAUUAUUAUUAUUAUUAUUAUUAUUAUGCAAAGUGUCUAAAAAAUAAAGAUAUUUUAAGAUUUAAGUGAUUUCAGCACAUCUAAAUAAAAAAAAAACAAUGCAUACAAAAAUACGUUUUUAUCGUAAUAAUUAUUUUUUUGUUAAAUGGACGAAAUUCAAUGAAAUAAAAAAAAAGUAGACAAAUUUUUCAGAAUAUCCAGCAAUGAAAAGAAGCAACAUCAGAACAUAUGAAAAGAUAGUUAUUAAUAAGAAAACGUACUCGGUAUCGUAUUCAAAAGCGAAAAGAUCAUUUCGUAUAUCUCUUGUAAACGUAAGCGAAUAAAAUCAAAUAGAUUUCUGUGAAUUAUUUUUAUUGUUUAGAUGCGUUGAAAUCAUCCCUAAAAUAUCUCCCGAUUAUUUUGUGACAUCCUGUAUAAUGAAACGACGAAAAUAACGAAGACAAAAUUUUUCAUUGAUUCUUACGUUGCGUCAUACGAUUUCAAGAUUGUGACUUAAUUAUAGUUUGAAGAAAAUAAUUCAUAAUUCAAAGCAUUUACAUAUGACGAGAAUUAUUCGAUAUGUCGUCGAUCGAUAGUCGACUUUCAAAAGUCACAUUGCGUUAAUUAAAAACGAGAGGUAUUUGCAUAGAACAUUAAGAAUUUGUGAGAAUAAUCGUAUGGAUAUAUGAUAGAAGAAUAUAGUGCUUUUUUUACGACCAUUUAUUCGUCGUUCAUAUUACCUCUUCAGAAAGAAGCACUAGUUAUAUUCGAUUAUAUGUAUCAAUCAUACAUAUAUAUAUAUAUAUAUAUAUAUGUAUGAUGUAUAAUCAUUUGAAAAUUAUAACGAAAGAAAAUAUUACAUUAAACAUACGAUCUAAUUACAUGUAAUAUCGAUUAGAAAUGUAUAUCAGUGUCAGCUUAUGUUUUACAUUUAACACGCUCGUCAUCGCAAUUUCUCAAUUAUACGUAUAAGGUAUUUCAUAAGAUUACAUAUAUAAAGAAUUUCGUUGGAUAUCUUCCGUGCUGAGCGAGCGUAAGAAAAAGAAAAAAUAAAAAAGAACAAAAAUAAUGAUGUAACGAGAGAAAGUUCUUCUUACCAGUAUAAAAAAAGAAAAAAAAAAAAGGAAAACAUACGCGUAACAAGAUACAUUACCGAUCUCUAAAUUCACUUUACUGUUAAUCUAUGUGCCUUCUCUUCCGUUUAGAUGUUGAUCGUGAUCAAAAUUUCGCGAUCCUUUAGUUCAAAAAAUAUCCAAAUAAAAACAUGGCCACAUUAUGUAACUGUCUAAAAAAUGUUUCUAAUAAUAGAGGAACGUUAUAAAAUUGUAUGUGUUUUGUAUGAUAACGAUCUGUAAUAAAUGUAAUAUCGUAAAAAUUA